UCUCUCCGCUUCGGUUCCCUCUUGCAUCCCAUCGGAUCCGUCACCGGCCCCCAGGGAGAGAGGAUAUGGCACCCAAGAAGGCCAGGAGAAGGGCAGCGGUGGAGGGCGGCAGCUCCAACGUCUUCUCCAUGUUCGACCAAACACAGAUCCAGGAGUUCAAGGAGGCCUUCACCGUAAUUGACCAGAACCGAGAUGGUAUCAUCGACAAAGAAGACCUGAGGGACACCUUUGCUGCCAUGGGCCGUCUGAAUGUGAAGAACGAGGAGCUGGAAGCCAUGAUGAAGGAGGCCAGCGGCCCCAUCAACUUCACGGUCUUCCUGACCAUGUUCGGAGAGAAGCUAAAAGGUGCCGACCCCGAGGACGUCAUCACCGGAGCCUUCAAAGUUCUGGACCCCGAAGGGAAGGGAUCGAUCAAGAAGCAGUUCCUGGAGGAGCUGCUCACUACCCAGUGCGACCGAUUCUCCCAGGCGGAGAUCAAGAACAUGUGGGCAGCCUUCCCUCCCGAUGUGGGCGGCAAUGUAGACUACAAGAACAUCUGCUACGUCAUCACUCAUGGUGAUGCCAAGGACCAGGAGUAACGUCUCUUCGGACAAACGACCCCGCGCCCUGGUCUAAUUUGCCGGUUGAUUCCCUUCCCCGACCGGCCCCCCAAAUAAAGAUGCCUCCGUCCGUUUCUUAUCUACCGUCCCCCCCCAAAUAUCUCUCUGUCUAGGAGUGGCCCGAGAGCGGGGAAGAGAAAGAAGCUGGAUAUAAUCCCAAUUCGAGGUCAGGUGGCUGAGUUCCAAGAGAGGAGUGAGAUCCGGAAGGGGAACGUGGGAAAAGCUGGAAGGUGGUAGGCGAGACUUGGGAAGCAGCGUGGCUCAGUGGA